AUGUUUUCACCACCGCCAAUUGUAACACUCGUUGCACUGUCCUUCCUCGCAUUCUUUCAAUUUUGUAUUCUCCGACCUCAAGUUCUCUAUUUAGCACACAAAAGUCAAUCUUUCGCAAGUGUCUCUUCAGAAACGCCUCCAAGCGCCUUGAACAAAAACACAUCUGCGAUCGACCCUCUCUUACCAGAUGUCUUACGACCCAAGAUUCGACAGGUCAGCAUGCGCGUCUACAACGCGACAAAUGAAACAAACGAUGCCCUUGACGAACGGUGCAUGGCUACUCAUAUCGAAUACGGGAAAAGAUGGGGAUACCCAACCCAUGUACUGCGUGAAGACGUGAGGGGAAAAGGAGAGUGGAUGGAGUUGGUCUUUAGCAAGCCGCUAUACAUGCUAUCCCUUGCAGUUGCUGAGAUGGCCAAGCCGACGGAUGAGCGCGCAGAAUGGCUCGUAUUCUUCGAUUCAGACACGAUCCUUUUGAACCCAAACAUCCCCUGGACCCUCUUCCUGCCCCCGUCCGACUUCUCCGACAUCCAUUUUCUCGGCGGCCGAGACUGGGGAUUCGGAAGCGGCUUCAACGCCGGCGUCUUCUUCGUCCGCAUAAAUGAAUGGAGCGUAAAGAUGCUGACCGAGGUCGCUGCGCUCCCAGACCUACGAACGGACGUGGAAAUUGAUCACAACGCAGAACAGACAGCAUUCAAGUGGGUGUUGAAACGAGUCGGCUACCGCGAGCACGUCUUAUACCAGCCGGUUGAGUGGUUCAACGGCAUUGAAUACUCCCAUAACCAUUUGCCUCGGGUGCAGGAUGGGGACAUGUUGAUUCACUUCUGCGGCCUGAAGAAGCACAAAUUUGGGGCGGUGCAGAGAUGGUUGGAUAGAUUAGAGCGGGCCCCGCAUGAACUUCAGAUCCCGCUGGAGAAAACGAGUUACCAAGCCAACAUCGAUGCUUACUGGACACGGUUGAUGGAAGCAAGAGAUCUGACACAAAAGCUCGACCGUCUCCACGAUGGCAAUGAUACUACCCAAUAUUUACUCCGGGCCCAGGCAAGGCUACAGCAAAUCAUUUACGACGAAGCUGACAAGUCCAGCUUUUUUCGAGCUGUCAUCAAUCAGGUCAAAUCUGCUCUCGCUGCGGCUGAAAAUCCAGCGAAUAGUACAAAAUGA